AUGCUGGAAGGCUGGGAGGUGGCUGUGGAGACUUUGGACGUCCGUGGUGGAACUGGAUGUAUCCAUGUUACAAGACCAGAACGCACCAAGUGCAAAAAUCACAAGCGCCCGAAGCGUGGUGGACCCGCCAGUGGCAUGCCUAGGGAAGUUAUUUUGCUUGCGCAUUUGGCCCAGAGCAAGAUAUGGCAAAGUGCAAAAAGCCCACAGGCGAUUUGUGAAACAAAAUUUGCAACACUGCACCAAUCACUUGCCCCGCUGUCAUCACUACGAUGCCGUUAUGCACGGAGGUUGCGGAGGGAGGAUAUCAAGGACCUCCUCACAACCCCAAAAUGGAGAUAUAUAACGUGCAUCAGUUGCUCCGGCUUCCACUAA